CUUAAAAAUAAUUAAGAGAAGAAAGGUUUAUUUGAUGUGGAGUAAGAUUCCUUCCUCCAAUGAAGAAUCAUAUGACCUUAGCUAACAAAAUCCCAUAUCAGAAGCAAAGCCUUUUGCUUUCAAAAAUAGGAGGAGCUUCCAAUUUUUGAGAGAGAGAGAGAGAGAGAGAGAGCCCACACCACACCACUCUGUCCCCACGAUGCUGCUUUUCGCCUUGCUCUUCUUCUCCCUUGUGGCCCAAGCCUGCUCGGCAUCUCAACCAACUACCCACCCACACCAACCACAACAACAAAAAACAGAGCGAGGCACGGAAAACAUAUUCAUUCUGGCCGGGCAGAGCAACAUGGCGGGACGGGGGGGCGUCGUAAACGACACUGUCACAGGCAUCGCCACCUGGGACGGCGUCGUUCCGCCAGAGUGCCGGCCCAACCCGUCCAUCCUCCGGCUCAGCGCUGACCUCACGUGGGUCGAGGCACGUGAGCCUCUCCACGCCGACAUCGAUGCGAAAAAGACCAAUGGGAUUGGACCCGGCAUGGCCUUUGCCAAGGCGAUCUUGGUGGCUAACCGCUCUGGCGCCAGUGGCGUGAUUGGUUUAGUGCCCUGUGCAGUGGGUGGGACCAACAUAACCCAGUGGGCACGUGGUUCUUUCUUGUACAAUCAGAUGAUCAGGAGAGCCAGGGCUGCGUUGAACAAUGGCGGUACGAUCAGAGCACUGCUCUGGUAUCAGGGUGAGAGCGAUACGGCUAACAGAGAAGACGCCAAGUCUUACAAAAACAGAGUGGAAACUUUCUUUGGGGACGUCCGCUUGGAUCUGCAAUCUCCAGCUCUCCCAAUAAUCCAGGUGGCUCUAGCAUCUGGGGAAGAAGCAGCUUUCAUAGAGACAGUUAGGGAAGCCCAACUGGGAGUUGACUUUCUAAACGUGCGAACCGUUGACGCCAAGGGUUUGCCAUUGGAAACUGAUGGCUUGCACCUCACCACCCAAGCCCAGGUUCGGCUUGGCCAAAUGCUGGCUGCUGCAUAUCUUCAAUUUCUGCCAAGCUCCUCCACUGCCGGUACCAGUGAUGCACUCUGUAAUUUUGUUUCCAAUUUGGUAAUUUUUCUGCUUCUGAAAUGUUUUAGCAUAAUCAUAAGCUAGCUUGUUAGUUCCUUCCUUCGUAGGGUCCAAAAUUCAAAUUGUUUGGCUUUAGGGUAAAGGCCAAACUAAUGCCCUGUAAUUCCAUGCCAUAUAUAUCAAU